UGGAUGCGUCGGGGUCAGAGUGGGGAACCCCGUAGCGUAUCCCUCGCUUCCUACGCGAUGGUAGCCAAGCCAACAUCUUUAACAUCCAUGCUAAGCGACCUCGACCGUGAGCACAUGCCAAUUUAGUGAUGAUGGAGAGAAUCGUGUUGAACUCUGGAGACUUGACUUUUAUGCUCUUCACUACGGCAUCGCCGGGUCAGCAAUGAUAACCCCAGGACCGCCUACCAGCUCUUCGACACGCCCAGAUCCGCUGGACCAGGAGAAAGAUUCACUGCCAGGACCUCCAACUGUCCCGCAUUCGACAGAACCAGUGGGGCUUACAAACGUAGCCACUCAUGGCUCCCAACGGAACAACAGCAUCUCACUGCGUGAAGUCGAACCAGUUUCUGUACGGCUUGACCACCUUACCGUCACAGUUGAUGAAUCUCCGGGCUUGUUGAGUCGCUUGAAGAGUUAUUGGGGCCACAAGAACGCCACAGGGCAAGCCACAGUGAGCCAUGUCAAAACCAUACUGGAUGACAUCUCUGGAGAGAUGCGCAGUGGCACGCUCACAGCCAUUAUAGGCGGCAGCGGGAGUGGCAAAACAUCCUUGCUUAAUCAAAUGAGCGGUCGCAUGCAUGGGAAUCGCCUAUCAUUUUCAGGCCGGACUCUGUUCAACGGAAGUGAAGACGCAGCUAGAGUUCGCAGCGCCUACGUCAUCCAGCAGGAUAUACUUCUUCCUACAUUAACGAUUCGUGAAACUCUGCGAUAUGCGGCGGAUUUGCGGUUACCAGCCUCAAUUGGCAAAAAGGAAAGGAGACAACUCGUUGAAGAGGUCAUCGUUGAACUAGGUCUGAAAGAAGCCGCGGACACACGAAUAGGAAAUAGUGAACAUAGGGGCUGCAGCGGGGGUGAGAAGAGACGGACGAGUAUAGGCGUGCAGCUACUGUCGAACCCGAGCCUACUAUGGCUGGACGAACCAACCACGGGCCUGGAUUCCACCAGUGCAUAUCAGGUCAUAAGAACAUUGCGCAGUUUGGCCCGAAAGGGCAGAACAAUUAUAGUCACAAUACAUCAACCACGGUCCGAGAUCUGGGAUCUGUUUGACAACGUCAUCCUUAUGACGAAAGGAAGCCCGGCCUAUGUUGGUUCUGCCAAAGAAUGUCUUCCAUAUUUCGCAAAGCUAGGGCACGAACUACCGCCCUUCGUAAACCCGGCAGAGUUUCUCAUCGACAUCGUCUCUGUUGACAACCGAGACCCCGAGGCGGAAAGAAUUGCCCAAGCUCGUGUGGACCACAUCAAAAGCGCGUGGCGAGAACAUGUAUCACAACUAGUAUGCACUCCCCCCGUAGCGGAACCCAAAUUGGUCCCCAAGAGCCCCACUCGAAGGAUCCGUACCACACAUGCAUCACUAUCACAGCAGAUUCGAGUCUUAUCUGCUCGGACAUGGAUCGUGACAAUUAGGGACCCCAUGGGAAUGUUUGGCAGUCUUAUCGAAGCAAUCGCAAUGAGCGUGAUCACGGGCUGGAUCUUCCUCCAGGUAGACGGCUCCCUGUCCGGAAUUCGGUCCCGCCAAGGCGCUCUCUACACUGCGGCAGCGCUGCAGGGGUAUCUGAUUCUCCUCUACGAGACUUAUCGACUAACCAUAGACAUCCAACUUUUCGAUGAAGAAUCCCGCCAAGGCAUAGUAGGGGUACCCGCCUUCCUCAUCUCAAGGAGACUGGCUCGGCUACUGAUUGAGGACAUCCCGGUUCCGCUCAUCUUCUCCUUGAUUUUCUAUUUCAUGACUGGGUUCCGCACUGAUGGGAACGAGUUCAUGACUUUCUUUUCGGUGAUUUUACUGGAGCACUACAUCGCGGUCUGCUUUGCUACGACAUGUGUGGCCAUUUCAAGGCACUUUGCUGAGGCCAGUCUGGUUGCCAAUCUUGCAUACACCCUCCAAUCCAUGGCAUGUGGUUACUUUAUUCAAGCCAACACGAUCCCAAUAUAUGUGCGAUGGACGAAGUGGAUCGCCUAUGUGUUCUACGCUUUUGGUGCGCUUUGUGCCAACGAAUUCACUGGCCAUUUUUAUGAUUGUCCUCUCGAAGGAGGGGCCUCCAACCCUGCAUGCAAAGAAUAUACCGGCCAAUUCAUUCUAGCUUCUCUGGGAUUACCGGAUAAUUGGAUUUGGCGACCUAUCCUGGCACUGCUCGGCUUCGCGAUUGCAUUUUACCUAGGCGCGGCAGUAAUCCUGCGGUACUGGAAGGCAGAAAUUGGAAUGGCAAGGGCGAGACCGUCGAACUCUGAUGACUCAGCCGGCAAGGAGGUACUGCUGGCCAGGUCUUCUGAAGAAGUUCGAACAAUAUCGGUUGGGCUUGACGCGUAUAGCCUUGAUAUUGACAAGCGGUCCUGGAAGACGAGAACCACGAAGUCUAUACUGAAACCGCUCACUGCUGAGUUUGAGCCUGGAGCUAUCAACGUGAUUAUGGGCCCUUCCGGAUCAGGGAAGACGAGUUUGCUCAACAGCAUAGCUGGUCGGCUGAAAGACGAUGUAACAACGAGAUACCGGAAGCAGGGGAGGGUAACAUUCAAUGGCUUGACGCCGUCCGAUGACGUUGUCCAUGCCAUAGUAUCUUUUGUGGAACAGGACGACGAUGCUCUGCUCGCCUCACUCACGGUUCGUGAAACGCUGCGGUUUGCUGCGGGACUACGACUGCCCAAAUGGAUGUCGAAAAGCCAGAAGAUCCAGAAGGCAGAAGAGGUGCUGCUUAAGAUGGGAUUGAAAGACUGCGCUGACAAUCUGAUUGGCAAUGAUCUCAUCAAAGGAAUCAGUGGAGGUGAGAAACGCCGCGUUACUAUAGCCGUACAGAUUCUCACAGAGCCACGUAUUCUGCUUCUGGACGAACCUCUCUCGGGACUUGACGCCUUCACUGCAUUGUCAAUCAUGGAUGUGUUGAGGGGAUUGGCAAGUGAGGGACGGACACUCAUAGUUACCAUACACCAACCACGAUCUGACCUUUUCCGACAUUUUGGAAACAUUCUUCUGCUCGCUCGUGGCGGUUACCCAGUCUAUGCAGGCCCAGCCCAAGGGAUGCUUCCUCACUUCGCCGCUCAAGGCUACCACUGCUCCAAAUCCACCAAUCCAGCGGACUUUGCUCUCGACGUCAUCACUGUCGACCUGCAAGAUGAAACCAGAGAAGCCGCCAGCCGUGCCAAAGUCGACUCUCUCAUUGCCGCCUGGACGCCUUCAAACGCCACAACCACAACCACUACCACUAAUACCCACACGACCAUCACCACACCCGCCCAACUCGGCAGCCUCGCCCGCACGCCCGCACCCCUUUCCCUAGCCCUCCCCCUCCUCCUCCACCGCGCAACCAAGAACCUGCUCCGCCAACCCAACCUCAUGGCCGCUCGCAUCGGCCAAGUCAUCGGCCUCGGCAUCGUCCUCGCCCUCUUCUUCGCGCCCCUCAAAAACGACUACUUCUCCGUGCAGAACCGGCUCGGCUUCCUCGUCGAGAUCGCACCGCUCUACUUCGUCGGCAUGCUCAACAACAUCGCCGUCUACCCCGCCGAGCGCGACGUCUUCCUGUGCGACCACUCGGACCGCGUGUACACCGUGUCCGCCUUCUUCCUCACGUACACGGCGCUCGAGGUGCCGUUUGAGAUUGUCACGGCGCUGCUGUUUGCGGUGCUGGCUGUGCUGGCGUGCGGGUUGGAGAGGUCUGCCGAGAUUUUCUUCCUCAUCGCGUUCAAUGCGUGGUGUAUUGUGAAUUGCGGGGAGAGCUUGGGCAUCAUGUUUAAUAGCCUGGUGGAGCAUACGGGGUUCUCGAUGAAUGUGAUGAGUGUGUUUUUGAGCGUGGCGCAGAUUAUGGGCGGCGUGAUAUCCCUUUCCAUCCCCCCCUUCCUCCAAGCCUUCAACCACCUCUCCCCCAUAAAAUACGCCAUCGGAAACAUGGCCCCUUACACCCUACGCAGCCAACACUUCACCUGCGAAGACUGGCAGCGUCUACCCAACGGCAACUGCCCCAUCGAGACGGGCGAACAGGUCUUAGAGCUGUAUAAAUUGAACUACAAGCACCCGGAGAUGAACGUCAUGGCCUUGGGAAUUUGCGCCAUUGUGUAUAGGGUUUUGGCGUAUUUGGUGUUGAAGUUCAAGAUGGAGCGGUGGUGGAGGAAAGGGUGGAGGUGGAGGAGGGGGAAGGGGAAGGGAGGUAAGAAGAAGGAGGUUGGGACUGUGUCGCAGGUUUCGGAGAGGGGGGCAUGA